GCACUGUUGGCACUGCCCUCCUGAUCCUGGGCUCUUCCCACUGCGCCUGCGUCGCGCAACACGCCUGAUGCACAAACAGAGAAGCUAUUGUCGGCCGAGGACUGGCGCAGCAGUCCGCAGGUUCACCUGUUGAGCAUUUCGUGUGAGGAGCCGAGAAGCGUCGUCGUCGGGAGGGAAGGAAUUAAGGAAGAGAGGAAGGAGGAAGUAAUUAAGGACGAACUCGACCGUCUGGGAUCUGAGCUCCACAGGUCAGCCUCCUUUCAGCGUCUUGUGUGAACGGGGCGGCUCGACGCAGCGACAGCCAACAUGCCGUACGGACCCUGGAAGAAGAAAAACAAGGCGACGAAGGAGCACCUGGUGGCGAACGAGGAGGUGAGCGGCGGACACGCAGGUGCGGGCAGCCUGGGGAAGUCCGCGGUGAACGGAGCCGGGCUGCCGCCUCCACCUGCCAACCUGCGGCCCAAGCUGGUGUUCCACACGCAGCUAGCGCACGGCAGCCCCACCGGCAGGAUCGAGGGAUUCACCAACGUCAAGGAGCUGUACGCCAAGAUAGCGGACGCGUUCAACAUCAGCCCGCCUGAGAUCCUGUUCUGUACCCUCAACACCCACAAGAUUGACAUGGAGAAGCUGCUGGGGGGCCAGAUCGGCCUGGAGGAUUUCAUCUUCGCCCACAUUAAAGGGGUCAAAAAGGAGGUAGAAGUGCACAAGUCUGAAGACGCCCUGGGCCUCACCAUAACGGACAACGGAGCGGGCUAUGCUUUUAUAAAGCGAAUCAGAGAAGGGAGCGUCGCCGACGAGGUGAAGGUGAUCAGCGUGGGCGACCACAUAGAGUGCAUCAACGGACGCAACAUCGUCGGGACGCGGCAUUACGAGGUCGCCCGCAUGCUCAAAGACCUUCCCAGGAACAAAUCCUUCACCCUCAAACUGGUCGAGCCCAUGAAGGCUUUUGACAUGCUUGAGCCGCGGUCGAAGGGCGGCAAGCCGGGCAACGACAACAAGAUCGGCACCGGGAGGAGCACCCUGAGGCUCCGCUCCAAAGGUCCUGCUACAGUGGAGGAUGAGCCGACAGAAUUUGACGAGAAGGCAAUAAAGAACGUAGACGACCUUUUGGAGAGCUACAUGGGGAUCAGAGACACCGAGCUUGCUGCAACGAUGGUCGAAGUCGGCCGUGACAAGAAGAACCCCGACGAGUUCGCCAUGGCUCUGGACGACACCCUCGGAGACUUUGCCUUUCCUGACGAGUUUGUCUUUGACGUGUGGGGCGCCAUCGGAGACGCCAAGCAGGGAAGACUUUAGGUUUCCUGCUGCUCCCCUCCUCCCUCUCCCAUCUCCACAAACGGGACACUUGACCCCCGCUCCGGUGUGCAGAAGGUUGAUUAUUAAGUCCAGAUGGUCCAUAAAGCGCUUGCACGCCACCUUCACUGCACGCAGCAGAGGUCUGUCACAGUGGCUCUAAAUUGCACCUUCCCCAGCUUAGAUUUUCCUGUUUCGUACUCUGAAUCUAUUUUCUAGUUGUGUAUGUUUGGAUAUGCAGAUUUUUUUUUUAUAGAUUUUUAUAUAUAUCUAAGAAUGUUGCUGAUUUUACAGCAGCAUUGUGUAAUUAGAAUAAUUAUACCAAUUUUUAGCAAUAUUUCUCCUGCCAUGUAACUUUUUUUUUUUUUGGUCAUAUCUGGUAGCAUCAUUACUCGUGAUCAUUUCUCAGCUGCUUUCGUGUGUCCGUCUAUUGAGCACUUUUGUGUUUAAAUGCCUGUUGAUAACAGACAUUCCUCAUGAUUUUCCUCAGUCUUAGUCUAAAGGGUUUAUUUAGAGAGAUUUUUUUCCUUUUCCUGUAAAUUAUUGUCAUAAGAAACCUCAAAGGCGUGGCCACAAUGACAUUUUUAGAGCUAUUAAUUUCCAUAGCCACGUAAGCUGUUUGCAACCAUAAGGGAUCACUGUUGUUGCAUUAAAAACAAAAAUAAAAAGUGACAUUUUAAA